GCUUCCGGGGGAAAGGUGACGAGCCGCGCCCCCGCUCUCCCCGUUCCCAAGAUGGCGGCCGCCGGCGGCGCGGGGACGGCGGCCGCGCUGUGGAGCGAGGUGAAUCGCAGCGGCCAGAACGGAGACUUCGGCCGCGCGCUCAAGUCCGUCAACAAGUUGUUGCAGAUCAACAAGGAUGAUGUGACUGCCCUUCACUGCAAAGUGGUGUGUCUCAUUCAGAAUGGAAGCUUCAAGGAAGCCCUCAGUGUAAUCCACACCCACACCAAAGUGUUAACCAGUGACUGUAUCACAUUUGAGAAGGCGUACUGUGAGUACAGGUUGAACAGAAUUGAAAAUGCCCUGAAGACCAUUCAGAGUGCCAGCCAGCAGACAGACAAACUGAAGGAGCUGCAUGGACAAGUGUUGUACAGGUUGGAGCGCUAUGAUGACUGCUUAGCUGUGUAUCGGGAUCUCAUCCGGAACUCCCAAGACGACUACGAAGAAGAAAGGAAAACCAACCUUUCUGCAGUGGUUGCAGCACAGAGCACAUGGGAGAAAGUGGAGCCAGAAGAUCUGGGCCUCCAAGAAGCUACCUAUGAGCUGUGUUAUAAUGCUGCAUGUGCAUUGAUUGGUCAAGGCAGGCUGAAUGAGGCAAUGAAAAACCUACAGAAAGCAGAAGAUCUGUGUCGCCAGUCGCUUUCAGAAGACUCUGAUGUGACUGAGGAAGACAUUGAGGCUGAGUUGGCCAUUAUUCAUGGUCAGAUGGCCUAUAUCAUGCAACUACAGGGACGUACAGAGGAUGCUCUCCAGCUUUACAAUCAGAUCAUCAAAUUAAAGCCGACAGACGUGGGAUUGAUUGCUGUCAUUGCAAAUAACAUCAUCACUAUUAAUAAGGACCAAAAUGUCUUUGACUCAAAGAAAAAGGUGAAAUUGACCAAUGCAGAAGGCGUGGAGCACAAACUCUCCAAGAAACAGCUCCAGGCCAUCGAAUUCAACAAAGCUUUACUGGCUAUGUACACCAAUCAGGCAGAUCAGUGCCGCAAGCUGUCAGCAAGUUUACAGUCCCAGAACCCCGAGCACCUGCUGCCCGUGCUAAUCCAGGCUGCCCAGCUCUGUCGAGAGAAGCAGCAUGCAGGGGCAAUAGAGCUCCUACAGGACUUUGCGGAGCAGAGCCCUGCCAACUCGGCGCAGAUAAAGCUGACAAUGGCCCAGCUGAAAAUCGCUCAAGGCAGCGUCACCAAAGCAUGCAUCAUCUUGAGGAGUAUAGAAGAGCUGAAGCAUAAGCCAGGCAUGGUGUCUGCAUUGGUGACGAUGUACAGUCAUGAAGAAGACAUUGACAGUGCUAUUGAGGUCUUCACGCAAGCUAUCCAGUGGCACCAGGGAUACCAGCCAAAGUCUCCAGUUCAUUUGUCGCUGAUAAGGGAAGCAGCCAACUUUAAGCUGAAGUAUGGGAGGAAGAAGGAAGCAAUCAGCGACCUGGAAGAGCUGUGGAAGCAAAAUCCAAGAGAUAUUCAUACUCUGGCCCAGCUCAUCUCCGCAUACUCCCUUGUAGACCCCGAGAAGGCGAAGGUCCUUAGCAAACACUUGCCCUCGUCGGACACGAUGUCUUUGAAAGUAGACGUGGAUGUGCUUGAAAAUUCCCCCGGGGCUACGUACGUUCGGAAGAAAGGCGGAAAGCUCACGGGAGAAAACCAGCAGAAAGAACAAGGGCAAGGGGAUGUAAAGAAAAAGAAGAGGAAAAAGAAGGGAAAACUGCCCAAGAACUAUGAUCCCAAGGUGACCCCGGACCCUGAGCGGUGGCUGCCGAUGCGAGAGCGCUCCUAUUAUCGCGGAAGGAAGAAGGGCAAAAAGAAGGAUCAGAUUGGAAAGGGAACCCAGGGAGCAACGACAACUGGCACAUCUGAGUUGGAUGCCAGUAAGACAGCAAGCAGCCCGCCUACCUCCCCACGGCCUGGCAGUACCACAGCCACGUCUUCCGCAGCCACGAGUAACAUGAUACCCCCCCGGCACCAGAAACCUGCUGGCGCUGCAGCAACCAAGAAGAAGCAGCAGCAGAAGAAGAAGAAAGGAGGCAAGGGAGGCUGGUAACGAGAGCGGCUGCUGAGCUGGCUGUGUGAGGGACUGGAGCUCUCUGCUGUAAAGUGCUGAGAACAGAAUAAAGGUCAGAGUAAGAAGCAGCACAAAGUCACGGCUUCCUUCACGCUGUCUUGAAAAGGUUCCUCCUGGGCUUCGUUUCCUCUGCAGUGGGAAGGGAAGGGAAGCUUUUCCUCCUCCCAUUCCCGCUCCCUUUCCUAACCCGCUGCCCGAUGUUUCCCUCCAUUGUUUUUUUUUUUUUUUUGGGGGGGGGGGAAGAAUCAUGGUUCAUUUGCUUACCGAGUCAGACCAUUGUCCCUCCCUGGUGUGCCCGUGGCCCCCUGCAGCAGUUACACAAACACAAGGUAUUUCCCCAGUCCUGCUUACAGCAGAGAAUCAGCUGGAGUGAUGAGUCUUGACAAACAUACCACAUUACUGGCCUCCCCACGGGCCCUUGCUGUCUCUCUGGGCUGCCUAGCAAAGGCCCUCACCUAGGUGACAGGAGGGCAGACAUUGGUCACAGAGCCUGUGGGGUGCUGUCUGGAGGUGGCUGUGCAUCUCAGAAGGGACAGUUCACUAUCACUUCAUUUUGUGGCUUGAACUCUGGAGAGCCACAUUCUUAAAUGUGUCAAUUAAGAACAAUCUGAGGUUGCAUGGAGCUUCCCAGGGCAAGGUACAGGCGACCUGUGACACCUUGGCACUGUCUGGAGGCUUUGAUUUCGUCUAGCCAAACGCAGUGUGUGAGAAUGCUGCUUUGUUAGUGGACAACACUGGCCUUUGGGAGGGCACUGUGGGGGAGCAGCCUGCGUUCUGGGUUCCGUGAGGAACAAAUCCUUCUGGAAUGAGGCAGGGCAUUGGAAAUGGCACACUUCUCCUCUGGGGCCGGAGUGCUGGGUGCUGAGCUCUCUGAGCAUCUGCUCUGUGGUGUCUGGCAUUCAAUACUUUGUUUUCAGGGUCUGGCCAUGCCCAAGGGACACAGUCUAGAUUUCAGCCUUCACAUAUAUUAUGACCUGUUUGGGUGCGAUCUUCAGGGGUUUAGGAAUAUUUUCCAAAAAUCUUUGCUGCAGCAAGAUGAUGUAGACAAUGCCUCAUGCCCUGCUUCUCCUCACAAAGGAUGCUCAUGCUGUCUUACUGAUGCACACUCCUGUGCCAGCCUAAAGCCCCGGAAUCAUAAGGUGGUGUCUGGGGUUUUAUACCGAUAUUUGUAGGGAUAGUGUACUAACGGGGGCACCAGUCACACUCAGCUCCUUGCGAAGAAAUGAGCAUAGGAGCUGGCUCUUGGAGGCCCCUGGGCUGGUUAGGCUUUCUCCGAACUGCUCUGAUGGUACCUCUUCAAGGAUGGGAGUCUUGCUUCCUCCACCCUUUGGUAGCCGCUAACUCUAAAUGAUUGAAAUAACCAAGCCUUCUAACGCCAGACUGCCUUACCAGACAGCACGCUGUACAUAGACUGGUGUACAAGUGUCACUGGGUCUGCGGGCUGCAGUUCAGACGGCCAGGCUCGCUAAGCUGGGAUGGAUUUAUUGCAUGGCACAGGAACAGUAUUUCUUACUGAGCAGAAAUUCCUGGAGCCCUUCAGACAAAAACCAUAAGCAGAGGAACAUCCGUAUUUGCAUUUCCAGCUACCAGCAUGUCAGACACACUGCUUUUCAGUCUCAGUCUCAACUCUUGCAUCAUCUUAGCACUGUAGGGACGCAUGUCUCCUGUGUUAAAGUGCGGGGGGCAGUUGCUUGGCAAUUGCUAGCAGGUAGCAACAAUCACGGUAGAAAAGGAAGUGUGUGUGGACUGGAAGGAAUUCUCUAGCGGCAGCUGGCUCCAAAACCAAGUUACAGUGAGUAUUGUGCUUUGGAUGGCAGGCAGAUCAGGCACAAAAACACAUUUUUGUGCUACUGUUUUGUAUAGCACAAUGGAAUGGGCUGAGAACGGGGUAACUGAACAAAACACAAUUAUUUUUCACAGAAAGAACCUGAAUGCAGUGUUAGAAAUCACUUUGUCUAUCACAUGUAUGGUCUCUAACUAGAACUAUGAAGAGUAAAUCAAAACACAUAAAGCAGCUUUCACUCUGGUCACAACAACUGUGAAUUCAGCUUUCGAGUGUAUAUAUUUAGAUGUUUGCAGUCUAGUUUGGAGAACUCUACAUUCUUAAUCAUCAUGGCCAAAACUGUCAAAUGUGAAGACUGGAAGUUCAGACACCACAAUAAAAAAUGGAUUGAUUUUUUGCUGAGCAAUCCCAGCUCCUGUUGACUUCAACUAUAGAGGCAUGACCAGUGUUUCCAUCUUUCUAAUACACUCUUGGACAGUAUGUACUGAUUGGGUUGGUGCCAGGAUCUGUAGUGGCUGUAUACAGAAUAUGAUGGCUGCCGGAGGGAGGAGGAAGGGGAGGGGGGAGAGCUGUUUUCACUCCUCUUCCAAUCACAGUUGCUUCUCCUUUAACUGUAAAGCCCUUCAGAAAAUGCUGGUGUUCACACGGUAUCGUUUAUUUCUCUCUCUCCUCCAAA